AAUAGUUACGGCGAAUCGAAAACGAAACGAAACUCAGUCAGAGCGCGGAGGGAAGCGCAGAGUCAGAGUCAGAGUCAGCGCAGAGAUAAAGCUCUUCACCUUUGUUCUGUUGGAGCGGUCAUGUGCUUCCUCUGGUCUCCUCUCGUCCUGUUCCAGAGACUUUUCUCCACACGUCCACCCGGUGUGAAACGACAUGGCGAAGAGACGCCGGUGUUCUUUGACCUGGAGACUACAGGACUGGACACUGCUGGAUGUGACAUAGUCCAGCUCUCGGCCGUCAGUGGAGACCAGGUUUUUAACGUCUACAUGCUCCCUCGCUGCCCCAUAACCGUAGGCGCCUCUAGAGUUACAGGCCUGACCACCAAAGGCCGAAAACUUUUCCUGUACGGGCAGCCAGUGGAUACAGUCCCAGUGCAAGAGGCUCUGAUGUCAUUCAUCUCCUUCCUGAAGACCCUCAGUAAACCAUUUCUGGUGGGCCACAACUGUAAGCGGUUUGACUGCCCCAUUCUGCUGCGGAUCCUGAGGGAGUUCUAUCUGCUGGACCAGUUCAGAGACGUGGUGUCAAGCUUUCUGGACACACUGCUUCUGAGUAGAGAGAUGUUUGCACUACCGAAGUACUCUCAGCCCUACCUGGUCCAGCAUUUCCUCCAAAAGAGCUACGGAGCUCACAAUGCUACCGAGGAUGUGAAAGCACUGCAGGAUCUGUACACAGUGUGGAGGCCAAACAUAGAGCUGCUCAACAGGCACAAGUUUAUCCUGUAGCAGACACAGGAGUCAGCUAGUUCAUAUGCUUUUAUUAGUUAGUGCAGUAGUUACUUCAUUCAUAGUAGCUACUGAAUAAUAAGCCUUAAUAACAGAACAAUAAGCUCAGGGCAUAAGGGUUCAUUUGGGAUCUAGAACAGUUUUGACUUGAUGCGAGUUAAUCUUUAACACCUUUAAGUCCAGUUAUUUGAUACAACUUGUACUUGAGACUCGUAUUGAUGUUGCUCAUUCAACUCAGUCAACAUCAAGAAAAACUCAUCCUGAUCUUUUACACAACACACUCUGAUGGCACCCUUGAUAAAACUCAACAAACUCAACAAACAAACAGACAACCAUACUGUAUGCCUAACACAUGGGUAACAUACAUAUAUUUUGAAACGGUUAAUAGCGCCUAUAAGAUAAACAAGGAUUAAUAAUCAUGUAACUUGUCAUUGGAAAAACUGACCAAUCAAAUGGAGAUCAGGUAUCUGAGAGACAUUAAAAGGUACAUAUAGCACAAACUGAAGGUGUGAAUUUGUAGUUCAGUCCUGUUUGCAUUUGCAUAGUUUUGUUUAAUCUGGAAUAAUUCAAUCAGAUAAAACUCCAUUAACUCUUUUCAUUCAGCAAAAUACCUCAAAUGACUGAUACACAAAGUCCUUCUCUACUUUAGCAUGGUAAUAACCUAUCAGUUGGUGUCUUGAAGGUGCUGUUUUCACUUAUCAGGCUGAUUAAAACUGUGGUCUGAGUAACAGUCUGAGUGUAGACCUGCAUGUCAAACACAGUAUCAACAUUCAUUUCAGUAGUGAUUUUAGAGCUGGAUUACAAUAAAAUAUAUUUUGUCCCUGUAGUUUAUCAAACAUGCUACUAGCAGUGAACAAACUCAGGCCUUACAAUCUAUGCAAAAUGACUGUCAAUCCAUUUUUACGUGUUUUAUUUUGUCCAGUUACUCCAGUAUAGGUCUCUGUAUAAGUUUACAUUGUGUAUAUAUAUAAGAAUAAUACGAAUGGAUUUCACCUGACAUACCUGCAACCUGCAUACUGUACAAAUCAGAUUACUGUCUGGACGUUGUAUCGCAGAACAUCAAAUCUGAUU